CUUCUGCGCAGAGGGAGACGCUCGCGUUUCGGGUCGUUGUUCUCCGUCUCACCCUCGAGCUCCGUUCUGGCGUCAUCGCGCGAGCGAUUCUCUCACUCUUGUCCCCGAAAACUACGGAGUACGGAGCACAGCGCCGGUUAUACGUCCCUUAGGUCUUAGGUCAAGUUGGCUUUGACCCCUUUAAACGAUUAUAUUGGGGUUUUUCCUUGGCUCCUAAUGUGGUGAUAUGCGGUUUUUUUUAUUACUGCGUCCUUCUCCUUACAGUACAGGAUAGUAUUGUGAUGAUUGUAGUUGCGGGCUCUUAAAGCAUUUUUAUGGUUGUCCGCUUUAUUCCGGCGGCCUAUCUGCUGCCGGCAAAAAUGCAGUAUAUGGCUUGUCCAUAUAUGUUUCCGGGCGUGAAGGGGGAAAAAAAUCAACUUUGGUGGUGUAAUUUAUGUCCUAGAUGAACUUGCUUUCUAAAAAAGCAGGCUAAAGGUUUUCCUACAAAGGCUUUCCUAAACUUGUUAAGUAUUUAGGGGGAAUUACUUUCAGCUUUAAUAAGAGUCUUUGGCAAUCUUUAUUGACAGCCAGCUGGUUUUAGUGACAUUGGGCUAAUAAGUGGCAGACUAUGAGUUCUAGUUCUACCAAUGGCAUAAAGACAGCUGGGUCACUCUGGCCCAGUCCCUCCCUCCCUCCCUCCCUCUCCCCCUCCCUGUUUAGUGUAGGUAGUCCUCAACUGGAGUAGCUAUAAUAGUAAACAAUCUUGUAAAUGAAUGCAUCAGGUCCUUUAUUACUGUGUCUGAUAGAGGGAUGAUGAUCCAAAUAAACAGUACCCCAGUAAAUAUGAAUGUUAUGCAAGUUUAGGCUCCCACAGCUGACAGUGAUGAGGAAGAUUUAGAGAAGUUCUAUGAAGAUAUAAGCAGUGUACUGAAAACCCUAAAAAGUAAUGAUAUCACAAUACUCAUGGGGGACUUCAAUGCAAAAGUGGGUGAAAGAAGUGAUGCUCCUGUAGUUGGAAAUUUUGGCUUAGGAACCAGAAAUACAGAUUUGAAGACUUCUGCAAGGAACAUAGGCAAUAUGUGAUGAAUACUUUCUUUAAGUUACCAAAAAGACGCCUCUACACUUGGAGAUCACUGCCAGAUGCACGAAAUAAUAUAACUGAAUGCCCAAUUCCUCUGAGAGAAAAAAAAAACAUAAUGGAUCCUAGCUGUGAUUACCACUUUCUUCACCGUGUUUUGGGGAAAACUGUACACAUCACAUUGAAAUGUGGCAUAUUCCAGGGGAUAUUGCAACAUGUGGAUUCCAGUCAGUGUAUCUUUCUAAACAGAGUUAAGAAUUUGGAAAAUGGCAGAAAUGUACCAGGAAUAAAGAGGUUCUUUGGCCAUGAAAUUGUUAAUGUGGAAUUGCUCGACGACCUGGAACAAUCAGCUGCAGAAAGAAAUUUCACUCCUACUAGAUCCAGGGAAUUUCCACUUACUAAGUUGUCUGAAAUCAACCAAGGAUCACUGCUGGAUCAAAGCACCCAUACAGCUAAUGUUGUUUCCCCAGUGAGCCAGCAACUCUGUUUGGGUAAUGUUAUAUUUAAAUUUCCUGAUGAAGAUAGCGGGGAAGACAUAGAAUAUAUUGUUAUUAAUCAAUUCCAGAAGGCAUUUGGUUCUGCUAUGAUGCACAUCAAAAAUCAAAGUGUAUGUAGUAUAGCAGCAGAGGGUGUCAAUUUGUGUCGGCAUGGAAAACUUUCUUGGUUACAAGUAGCAACAAAAUGUCAAGUUUUCUUAUUUGAUGUUUUUGUUUUGGGAGCUCAAGUGUUCAAGAAUGGACUACAAAUGAUACUGGAGGACCAGAAUAUUUUGAAAGUUAUCCAUGAUUGUCGUUGGCUCUCAGAUUGUCUUUCUCACCAAUAUGGAAUUGUGCUCUCCAAUGUCUUUGAUACACAGGUUGCUGAUGUAUUACAGUUCUCAACAGAAACAGGUGGCUACCUUCCACAUAGAAUCAGCACUUUACAAGAGUGUUUAAUGCGAUAUUUUAGGCUGCCUGACAAAUGCAUUUCUUUUUUGGAAUACAAACAGCAAGCAAUGGAGGAAGAUCCUGAGGUCUGGUUUGUGCGACCCCUUCCACCUGUAUUGUUGAAUAUAUUAGCCCUGGAAACAGCGUAUCUCCUCCCUCUCCGUUUGCUGCUGCUUGGUGAAAUUAUGUCUGAUUUAACAACAUUAGUGGAUAGUUACUUGAAUGCAUUUAGGCAAGGAUCUGCAGAUCCCCUGGGGAGCAUCAAGAUAUCUUCUAUGGAGUUACCAGAAGAACUACGACAACUGGCAGAUCUUUAUAACAUCCGAAGAAAAACUGCAGUGCAAAAGUUCCAGCUCAAUGAGGAAGGUUUCCUUAUCAGGGGAAUGGGGGCAAUAAAAAGAAAAAAGGCAGAGAAUGAACCAUAUCCUAAAACAUACUGUCCAGAUUCUGAUACCCAGGGCAAUUAUAAAAAAGAAGAGAUAUAUAACCAUGAUAACCAAAAGCCCAUAGUUGUCAAUGAUGAGAUAGACUCUAAAAUGGACAUUGGAAGAGACAAAGGGGAAAAUAACCACAAAGAAAGUUCAGUUUUUCUCUAGAAAAAAAAAAACAAGGCAGCUCUUCUUCAGCUCUGAGAAGCUUCUUGGAUG